AUGAACGUCUUCAAGAAGAAGGGAAAGGCCAAGGAUGAUACCUACAUCAUUCCUCCAGCCCAACCCGUCGAUGCCCCAGCUCCAUCCAAGAUGUCUCGAAGUCUUAAACGCAAACAAAAGCACGCGGUAGAACCCAAGAUUGAGGUUGACCUCACCACCGUCCUGCCCGAAACCAACGAUUUCCGAACGAGCCUGUUGAUGCCAGGGCUGUCGGCUCGCUUUAGUAUGCUUCGGGAGCAAGAUGACCCAAAUACAAAGCUGGGCAAAGCAAGUGACGAUAGUGUCUUGUUUCCCAAGCGUGCUUCGCGCUUGAAUUUAUUUGCGCACAACCCCCUCACCGAAAUUUCCGAGACUGAGUCAAUUCGGCUACCAUAUCGCCCCCCUUUUGCAGAGCCUGAAAGGUCGCUGUCCUUUUCCGAGGUUGGCAAUUAUGCUAGCGAUGAUAACAGUAGUCUCUUGAACAGAUCAAGACCGACAGAGAGCAAUAACCUCUUUGGAGGUCGACAAAAGAUGUAUCGUGUUCCAACUGCCACUUCCUCCAAUGGAGAACUUGGCGACGAAGUGACUCCAAUGGCAAGCAGUAAGCAUGUCUAUCAAAAGGACAUACCCUCCUCCCCUUACCAGCAAUAUCGCGCCAAAACGAGAGAGGAAUCUCGCGAGCGUGCCAUGAGCUCUGAAACAGAUGAACACGAUAAUAGCAGCGUCGUCAACACUCCUUCGACGGGUUUCAGCAAGAGCCGAGGAACCGCCUCCUCAACUGCAUCCGGUCCUUCAAAUCGUCGUACUUCAACCGCAGCUACAUCAGUGACUUCAGACUCUCCUGCUUUGAGGCAAAGCAACAUGAGUGGGGGCUUCAAUUCGCGCACGAAUGCCUCAGAUUUUGGCAGUGAGGAAAGUUUGUUGAAGCGAAAUUUCUCGUCAGAGUCACGCAGGGGCUUUCCUUUCAAUGACCACGUAAACCAACCACCUCUUCCGAACUCUCCUAUAAUCCAAAGAGCGUUACCUCAGUCAAGAAGUGCGACAAACUUGACGGAUAAGUUUGGUGGUGACAAUGCUUCCUUCGCUUCAGGCACCCCUCGAGCGCUAAGUCCACCACCACCAAGCACACAAAACGAGAGUCUUGCGUCUCUCGAUUUCGGCCUGAAGCAGUCUAACCACCAUCCACGAAAAUACAAUAUGCCCACCUCCACAGCUCAGGACGUGGGAAGUGACGUCUAUAUCCAAAGCCUUCAACCCAAGGAUCAUGGCAAGGCCACCGCUCUAGGCCUAUUUAAUAGACCCCGUCAACAAUUUGAUGAACAACAGUUCCAACAGAGACAGCUUCAAAUGCACGGAGCGCCACUGUCGCCUUCAUACCCAAGUCGUCCAGUGAAUGAAGCAAUUUCAGACCGGUAUGAAACACCUAUAACCCGUCCUAGAAGCCCAUCGUCCCCCAGCCUCAAAAGCUCUUUACACGGUCAAAGUUCCAGUGGUGCUUCGGUCAAAACACGGUCACGGGCGCAAUCAGCCGCCUCUACACAUGCAGCUCAGGUCACCUCACAUGUCGAUGCUUUUAUUCAACGCCAGAACGAGGAGUAUUCUGCUCUCCAAGCUUCGAAGGGUGUACAGAUCAAUACCCAGCAGCCUCCAACCACACAGUCUGCAAAAGCCAUGGCAGAUCAGCCUGCCUCUCGAGGCACAUUUUUCAAUACCUUUGAUGGUAGCGAUGAGGACGAAGAUGUAGACAGCCCCAUGUUGGGUCGGUAUGAGCCACCACCCCGUCUAGCACCUAUGGAAGUCCACCCAGCAUUGCGCGAUAAUUCCCAAGCAUUCAUAUUUGGAGACCAAAUGCCCGCUCCAUCAAGAAUCGCACGGCCUGCUUCGAAUGCUUCCGCUGAUACAUCUUCGCCUUCCAUUGUCCACGAUACUCCAGAUACAUCUGAUUCGCUUCAUCAGUCUUCCCCAACAAAACAAUUCGACUCACCAACAUUGGGACCAACUGCUGGCUUGGGCCUGAGCGGAAUGAUCCGAACGCAUCUGAGGAACGAUAGUGAUCGAUCUUCAUUCAUGCCACCAUCCCCUAUGCGCUCUCAACAUGCCGACCAUGGUCCAGAUCCCUUCCGACAACGAGAGACUUCCAUUGCUUCCACCGCUCGUACCAUCAACCCCCCUGAAAGCACACACAGCGAUCCAUGGGAGUUUGAUAAUGCUCAUCGCACUCAACGAGGCCCUGCAGACUAUACACCGGCUGAUAGUGCUCCAACAAUGUCUCAGAAAGCACAGCAGAUACUGGGUCAAGCAAUCUCGCACCGAAAUCAGGCUACGAGCAAAGCCCAGCAAAUUCUUGGGAAUGAUGCACCUGCUCAACAUGACGAAAAUGUUGCCAGGCCGUGGCAUCCUGAUACCAUGCAAGGCCAUCAACGUGGAGAGAGCACAGAGACCCAGAAGGAAUUUGGUGAUAAGCUUGCCGAGCGCGCUAGAGGGAUCCAAGAACGCUUCAAGGGCGCUCCGGAAGGCGAAAAGCGAUCGAAAAGUCCUGGACCUCAGAGGGGCGAUCGUCAGAAUCCAGCAACAAAUGCUCUGCAUACUUUACGGCAAAAAUCAAGCAAAACAUCAUUGGUACCGCGCAGUAAUGAUCCUCAACCAAAGGCCAUGAAAAUGCUCGGUAUGGGUAACAACACUCCCCGCAUGGAUAUGCCUGGGAGGUCUCCAAAUAUGAGCGUGAGAGGUGAUUACCGUUUCGACCAGUCUUAUGACGACCACAGUAACCAGUACACUCCAAGGCAUCGACCCAAUGAGUUUGAUUCUCCAAGACAACGACCUUCGGAAUUUGACCCUCCAAGACAACGACCGGCUGAAUUCGAACCUCAAAAUGGACGGCGUACUCCAGGAUAUGGGCGACCAGCUCCCCAGAUGCACAUGCACAGCUCACAAGAAGACUUUGAACGCUCCAGACAACGAUCUGCCACUCCUAAUGGCAGACCCCCACCACGCCACCGAGCUGAGUCUGAGACUGGUGAGCGUUCUCGAAGUAGAAUGGGUCGCGACAGAAAUGAGCCUCCUUACCAUCAAGCAGAAUAUGGUAGACAAGGUGGCCCUCAUCAGCGCCCACCUCCACAGUGGGACCAGAGACGAGCCCGUGGCCCACCUCCAGUCCAUCCACACGGACCUCCUAUGGAAAACCGUGAUUAUGAACGAUCUUCUUCUGCCAUGUCGAAUCGCCGUCCUCCCCCAUCGGACUACUUCGAUAGUCGAUCAGCCACUCCAACCAUGGGAAAUACGCCAACGCUGGGAGCCAGUCCAAUGCUCACUGGUGCACCCAGACCAUCUCCCCGUCCUCCGUUCCCCCAUUCACCGAUGAGUCCGUUCCAGCCAGCAAUGUCUCCUGGCUUCGCUGGGCCUCAGUCUGCUGUCGUCUCAGCUCUACCCUCCCCUGUGGUGCAAAUGCAUCCUCCUCCAACAGGACGUACUACCCCGGGCGUGGAAGGUCGCCCGACUGGGUUUUCCGCCCGCAAAAAGUCAAUCACGAAAGGUAUGAUUUCUGAGCCAACAUUCAUCUCAAGCACAUCGUCCGUCCCUCUCGUUGGACUACCCAUCAGCCCUCGACCGGGUCAGAUUGCGACUCCGCCAGUUCCAGCUAUGAAUCCACGUCGUCGAGGCAAUACCAUGUCAGAGAAAUCUGAUGCGUUUCCAAGUCCUCGGAUGACAAAUUCACCUAUGCUUGCGGAGCCUGCAAGUCAAGCUCCCUAUGUUGACCAGCAGCGUCCUCCACCCCGUCAGCGCAAUAGGCUGAGGAAGAUCAGUAGUGAAGGAGGAGGCAUGGCUGCGCGAGCUCGAAAUCAGGCCAUGAUGGCGGAAUUCGGACGCGAACAGCUUCGCAGCCCUGCUGUUCAAGUAUUUCCCAAUCGAAGUGCGACCUCUUUGGGAUUACACCAGGAAGGUGGCAUGUUUUGA